AUGAAACACCACCCGUCCGAACGUCCAACACCGAUUCCGCACGUCCGCCAUGAGGACAACAACUACCAUACUCUACCACCGCAUCCCCGGCUGAUUGAGGCGCGACGGCUGUAUUCAUCCAUGCCUAUUGUGGAAUCUGGGCAAUACGUCGCCGGCAGAAGCGAAGCGACGCUUGCGAGUAUGAUUUGCGUACACAUACCAUCGAACCGGCUCCCUUUAACCGUCGGGAAGGGGCUUCAACCCACUAUACCGACUGCCGGAUUGUUCAUGUCACCCUCACCGCUUUCGGAUUCGUUCAUUGCCUUUGCCUAG